UACAAAAAAUAGUAAUUAUGGGCUCGCUGGAAAAAAAUCAGUGAGAUUUAAUUUUUUCUUCUAGCAUCACGGAUCACCCUUUCUUAGAAAUUCAAAGAGGACAUAAGUGCGUUUAGAGUAGUACAGUGAAAUCAAAUUUUUACGAAGAGAUUGUACCGAUCGACCGUUACGUCGUUGAUUGCGGUGAAGGGCAGCCUUUGUUCUUUAGAGAGAUUGGCUAAGUGACUUGAUUGCUGUGGGAGAGAACAAGAAAUACGAUCUAAAGCAUACAAAGAUGCGCCCUCCAUAAAACGUACAGGCAAAACAUAUACACAGUCAAAACAUCAAGAAGUGGGUGGAAUAUAGAGGAAAAGGUCGACCUUACAGUUAUCCUGGUACCUAAAGAAUUGCAGUUUCACAUCGUCCGCUUGGCUAUUGCUUGUAACAAUGGCGCUUUCAAAAGUUCUGGCAGAGCGCCUGUUUACUCACGAAACAUUAGUACACGCCAUUUCGGGAGCUGCUGGAGCAACCGUAGCGAUGAGUCUUUUCUAUCCACUGGACACGAUCCGAAGCCGACUUCAGGUGGAAGAGGGACGAGAAUCGAAAUCCAUAGUUGAGAUGUUACGCGACAUAAUGGAGUCCGAAGGUUUUGAGGGAAUUUAUCGUGGCCUAAGUCCUGUACUCCAGUCACUCUGGUGUUCGAACUUUGUAUAUUUCUACUCCUUCCACGGUCUACGAGCGGUGUUUAGUACUGACAGGGGCCAUUCCGCGGGACGCGACCUUAUGCUAGCGACUAUUGCCGGAGUAAUUAAUGUGAUAGUCACGACUCCAAUGUGGGUCGUUAACACGCGUAUGAAGAUGCAGGGCGCAAUAGCUCAGUACGGCCCACAUGACCAAGAAAACCAAAGUGCGAACUACAAGUUUCGAAGCCUUCUAGACGGACUUAUUACCAUAUACCGGGAGGAGGGAGUGCAUGCCUUAUGGUCAUCAACACUUCCAUCGCUUAUCCUUGUUUCAAAUCCUUCCAUACAAUUCAUGGUGUACGAGGCCCUCAAGAGGCGCUGCGAGACUCUCGGUAUUGCUUUGAGCGCCGGUACAGCGUUUUCGCUAGGCGCAAUCUCGAAAUGCAUCGCCACUGUUUUAACCUACCCUCUGCAGGUGGUUGAUUACAGAGAUACGCAUUUUUCAACGCCAAUUAAAGAGCAAAGAGAGUGUGGAGCUUGUUGGGCGUUUGCACCCACUGAGGUGAUGGAGGCUAUGAGAUUUGGGUUUCGUUCUGCCAAAGUCGAAAAAAUUGCCAAAUCACUUUCUGUACAACAUCUUAUUGAUUGUUCAGGUGUCUCUUAUGGCUGUAAGGGCGGGGACGUCUGUGAUGCAAUGGAUUACCUGAUAGCUACAGAUUAUCAGUUCGUUUUGGAAGCGGACUAUUUACCAUAUUCAGCAGUCAAGCAUAGCACGUGCCAAAGACAGGUAACGCCAUCUGCCAAUAUUACCAUCGGACAAUCUACGUGUGAAGACUUUUCGAAGUCAGAAGGUAAUAACAGGACAAACAGUCUUCUGUCAUUCAUUGCUUACCAUGGUCCCGUCGUCGCUUCCGUCGAUGCGACAGUUUGGAAGGACUAUCUUGGAGGAAUUAUUAGGUACAACUGCGACGCUGGUCCAAAAAAUCACGCAGUGGUGAUUGCUGGUUAUAACCUGACUCACUCGCCUCCUUAUUAUAUAGUUCGCAAUAGUUGGGGCCGCAGCUUUGGAGAUAACGGUUACAUGUAUAUUGCUACAGGAAGAAACCUCUGCGGAAUCGCGGAUAAAAUUACUCUUCUUUACCCAAAAUAUAAUUGAUCGUGAUAUAUUUAUGCGUACGUGAAGUGGUUCUGUACGAUAUACUUUGCGUGUACUCUUGAAAAUUAGCAACGCGACCACCUCUACAGUUAACUAAAACCGCAGCAAACGCUAGUUUAGAGCUUUUCGUGUAAAAACGUUUGAAUUCAUAUUUACUAUAUAUCGCAGGAACUCGAAGGCAAACUUCACAAAAUUCAGAACAAUACAAUUCACCUGCAGUCCCAUUAAUGAACUCUAUGAACGAUCUUUUUAUUUUAGCCAAUAAACUUAGGUAUUGUUUCCACACGGAACCACUUAAAUUGCAUAAAAAAUCGAUUCAAAUAGAUAUUUUCUUAACUGAAUGUGUACAUCUCAUGACAUGCUAACUUUUAAUGUAGUUUUAGCGGUCUACAUGCUCUUCAUUAAUUAUAUGUAGUAGAAAACCAAAUCAAUCGCAUUUAACGACAGGAUUGCUAGAAUUAAGAUAGAGAAAUACGAAAAACCUCUGUGAAAUCCAAUUGUUUUUGUAGGGAUUGACUUCAAGCGCUCUGACAUCUACACGACCCAUUUUACUGCUUUCUUUUCGUUCGAGGUAGUUUGGAUUCGCCGUGCAAUGACAUCAAUCUUGUUUAUUAACUAUAUAUAUAUAUAUAGAUUUUAUAUCACUAUAGUUCAAAAUUGAUAUAAAAAGAAUAUUACGAAGAGCCAUGUUAUACCAAUAAAAUAUACUUUUCACAGUUUUGUCCAUUACUAAAUGCAUUAAAAAAUAUACUAUAUAACUGAAUAAAACUGUUUCUCUCACCUAAAAACCUCCAUAACUGUAAUCAUAGAACGCACGCUAGCUGUAAGCUCGCGGAUUAUUACAUGACUGGGCAAGAAGACCUUCCUUAGAACCUGCCUAAUCUUCAGUUAAUUUAGUCACUUUUAGUCACUUUUACUUAGAUGGCUACUGAUUCAGCUGAGGCGCAAUGCUAUAGUGCCUUACUCCCAUCAAGUUUGCUUGCACCCAUGGUAAGUUCCUAAGUAUGAUUAUCCUACCGUUCUGUACGUGUGUCACCAGCUUAUCCAUGAUUCUGUUCUGUAACUUCUUAUAUUCGCCUUGUAAUCUUUGCCAGCUCCGUAAUUAGAAAUGUCCGCUAAUCGACAGUUUAAGCAAAAUGACGAAUCCUUACUCUACACAUUACAGAUCGAACUCAGAUAAAUAAUACGAAGUGAAUGGCAAGCGACAAUUUUUGAAAAUGCGCUGAUUAAAAUGUUAUGAUAACUGGUCGGUCUUGCAGAAUGGAAUCAAUCUGGUUAUUGAUGCGAUUGGCGCAUAAAUUUGCUAGCCUGUCACUUGACCGUAAAUAGUACACACCUUAAUAUAUUAUUCUGUGGUACACCAGAUAAAUAAACAACCGAUCCGUAGAUUAAAUGGGUACAGCCGACAAACUGUCAAAAUUCCAUUGGGCAGUAAGGUUUACCAUACAUAUUGUUUUUAGUACUUGGUAGGGUAUUUCCCGUGCAAAAUAUAAAUGCAAGUUUAAGGAAAUAAAUAUAAACAGAUAUUAAAUAGGUUCAGAUGGAGUUCAGUAGCAUGAACCGCACCUCAGGUCAUCGAUAAAUUGUACUACUCGCCAUCUUUAGAUAGCCUCGUUAGUAGUUCAGACACUUUAUUGCCCGCAUUAUUAUAAUCUCAGGUCAUGAUGUGAUCUAGACAUGUGCUGAAUCUACUACAUCUUACCAAUUAGCUAUUAUAUGGACCUCAAUCGGAAGAUACGCUAUAUGGAUUAAGCCUUUAUUUGUAGCAUGAAAACGUUAGUUUUAGGCAUAUCAUUAAACUUUCGACAUCCUUGCGAUAAAUACAGGUUGAAUUUCAGCCGAACUUUAAAAAAUUGUAGUGGCCAGUAAAUUAGUUCCAUAUUUUUGCAUUUCUCUGAAAGGUCAUACAUUUUUUCAACAGACUGAGAGCAAACUGAUCUCAGAAUAGACAGUACAUCCUAUGGCUAUUUCAGAGGUCACAGAGGAUUUUUGCGUUUUAUAUAGGAAAAAUAUUUCGAGGAUAGAUGUCUGUUCGUUUUAAAUUCACAUCGACACACAGCUCCGUUUGUACUAGAUUCGACUGCAGGCUCAAGAUAAACCAUUCAAAACCCGGCUCGGCAAGAAGAGGUCACUUGCAUUUAGGAAGUCAAGGCAAAUCGCAAACUGAUAAUCUGAAGUUUUCCCCUUGCCGUCAAAUUAAUCAUUUACCUCAAAUACCUAUUUAUCUAUUAUAUGAAUGGUGCUUACUAUAACUGCGCAUAGUCUCCUUUGAAGAACGUUAAUAUACGACAAUCUGAGCUUGACAUUAUAAUAUAGUUUUACAAUAUGAGCUAAAGUUUUUUUAGCAAGACAUUGAGUUAGCACAAAGGAAUUGCGCAAAUGAAACUUGAGCAGUAUGGGAAAUCACUUACGACUGAAGUAGCAUAAGCACUCGUUGGGUUUUUUUUCAGUGAAGUUAGUUUAUAGCCUAUUGAGUAUACAAUUACGAUAAGAAUAAUAGUAAUCGACGACAUUCUUGUUAUGUCUCACAUACAAUAUAGGCGCGAACGUCCCAUCGUGACUUGUAAUUUAUUCAUUACGCAAGUAAGAACCCUAAUAUGGUCGGAGACCGACAGAAGCAAUUUAUUGUGCAUAUUGAAUUAAAAUUUCCUUCCUGAACUCCGUGACGGUGGAUAAAUGUAUUCAUUCAUAACACUACAAUAUCACUUAGAAAACUGCUAGGGAGAAUUUUCACGCGGCAUGACUGAUUGUUUUUCGCUUUAAUCAACAAAAUCAAAAAGUGUACUUGUAUAGUUAUCUUUGUCUCGAAUUAGUUUGUCGGUCCACGAAAUCUUCUAAUAAAAUGAGAAUCAAUACAUGUAGGUUAUUGAUUAAUAUGUAGAAUAGAAACCUUUAUCUUAAAACAUUACUUAGCAUGUUUCACAAAUAGGUAAGUAUGUUCACUACGUUGUCUGCGUCGCAAUGUGCAAGUGCUCAACGAUCUACGAGGUUCUUUCACUCUACAAAAGCUAUCAACAUCCACUAACCGAUGGGAAGUUCCGUUUGCUUUACAAAGUUCUUAACUGAGAACACACAUACCGGCACUUUGCAAAUCAGCAUUAUGCCAUGCUACUGCACAGAAUAGGUGGGUUAGAUACAAAACCGCUCCUUAGGUUUUUCCACUAAUUGGAACCGCAGCCACAAAGCUUAUGAUAUAUUAAGAACGGAUCAGUAUUGGAACUCAGCGGGAAGCAUGCUUAAUAGAGCAACAAGCAUCGCAAUCAUGAAACAAAUGAAAAUGACCAUUAUCCGUUUUUCACGCAUAUUUGCAGCGAAUUAACAAGUGCCGUGCGCCUUAGUUUUGUUGUUGUUACUUCUGGUGCUAUUAUGGUGCUAUAUGCCUGUGCACUUCGCUUAUCUAGAUUACAAUUUUACUUGUUUACAUGCUACACAGCUACAUUCGUUUUGCUCCACGACAUUUUACUUACGGUAACAUAGGUUCACACAAGGUUACUCGGACUGCGCCACAUACAUUAGUAGAGGUAAUUCCAGUUACACUGGGAUCUCCCAUUUUUUUUUAUAAAGAGAUGACAUCUCGGCACUGAUAGAGAAUAAAACCGAUUGAACCACGGCUAGAUUGUGUUAUCACUGUAAAUUGCGCCGAAGAUUUAAAUAGGCCAGCCGUUAUAAUUCUAAAUAAGUAAGCUAGUCGUUGUAAUUCUAAAUGAUCGCAUCAAGCCAAAGUACUCUGUCGUUCGCUAAUUAGCAACUAACAACCACUAACUUAAAAUACCAACUUAACAAAAGACAGUGCAUGAUGCUUUACCCAUCGUAAGAUUUAUUUUACACAGAAUAAAGAUAAUUUUCAUUAGGGCCAGAUAUUUUAAAAACUUUUGAUCAUUAUCAAUUCACUUAAAAACCAGUCAAAAAUAUUUUCCAACUAAAAAGCUUCACUCAUACGUCGUCUUGUAAUUUUCCUUUGUGCUGAUACACCAUCACUGUUGAUUUUGAUUUUCAAUUUUUUUUUGGACGUC